AUGGACACGCCCCAGGCCCAACGUCUACUCAGCUCAAUCGAGAACACCAGAUAUGCCGUCUUUGCCGCUGCGACGAUAAUGCUUUACGACCACUUUUUCAAUGCGCAGAGGAGGAGAACAUCCUUCAUCAACAAUGUUUUUCUAUGGCAUCGAUACUUUGGUCUCUUUUGUAUAAUGUUUGAGUUAAGCGUUGUCGUGAAUACUCGUGUUACAGAAUCAGUGCGUUAUAUUUAUAUCAAUCUGUCUCCAAACGAUGCUGAUGAAACCUAUGUUAUUAGUUUUGUAUGCUCCUUCUGGCUUCGCUGGGAGAUUCUGUCAAUCAGUGUCUCAAUCCUCACAUCUGAACUCGUUCUCAUGUCAUGGAUAUAUGUGAUUUACGACCGAAAUAUAUUAGUGGUGGUCUUGCUUCUAUGUCUAUAUGCUGGAGAGGUGGUCACGACAUUUACGAUACUCGGAGUAUCUUUGGACCAUGCGCACAGUGAGGCCAAAUCCGUCGUCCUAGGUCACCCUGCGCAACCGAAGCGGAAGCAACUCUUGUACGAUGUAUAUAAGAAUUCCGCGAUGAACUAUGUAACGAUGUUUUCUGCGUAUCUCCUGUGCUGCAUCUUGUGGAUCUCGGCAGACUUCUCUCUCGCGCGAAUCCCGGUCAUGUUUGCACUUUGUUUUUCAAUCAUGAACGCGACGAGGUUGCUGUUGAAUGUACGAUAUGUGUACUUCACUCAUACAAGCAGCCGUAUCAAUGUCAGGAGCGAUAGCGAUGACUCUGUAUUAGCUGGGUUCGAUGGGACGGAGGAGCGAUGGAUGUACGAGCUACGGGAGCUGAGGUGGAGCGGCCCGUCAGGGUUACAUGCGUAA